CAAAAAAAAGUAUUUUUGUGAAUAUUUUUCGCCAAGUGUGCAAUUUUUUAAUCAAAUAAGCAGGAAAAACGAUGGCUGAUGAGGAAAAUCAGAAGGUGGCAGGCCAUAAACCUGCAGUGAAAGUUGGUGGGAUGAGGGUGGUUCAGCACAAGAACCCCACUGGAGAGAAGACUUCCGGUGAUAGUCCAGAAGACACCACUGGAUUGGCUCCUGCUCCAACAAUUCCCAACUCACAAAUUGUCAGUGGGGCUCACACAAGAGGACAUUCCGAAUUCAGUCCAGAAGCAGCUCAGGUGGCGCAUUCGCCAAAACCCCCAAAUCCGGUGUCGAUUAAGCCCCAGAUGAAUAUACAGCAACCCCGGAAGUAGAUGCAAACCAGUGCUCGGAUCUUUUUUUUUCCAUUUUUUCUUUUACAUGCAUUUUACUUGGAUUUUGUUACGGGAAAAAAAUAACAAUAAAUUACCCAGCUAUUUGAAAUUA